AUGAAGAAAUAUAAAUGUUUCAUAGGUUUGCCUGAUCUUGUUGGAGACCCAUACUACAUCCAAGCGUCCGCCUAUGUGCAGAGAGUUCCAAUGUACAAUCUCAGAUGCGCCGCUGAGGAAAACUGCUUGGCAAGCACUGCAUACAGAUCCAGCGUGAGAGACUACGACACGCGUAUGUUGCUGAGAUUCCCGCAGCGAGUCAAGAACCAAGGAACCUCCGACUUCCUUCCCAGCAGGCCACGCUACUCCUGGGAAUGGCACAGCUGCCAUCAGCACUACCACAGCAUGGACGAGUUCAGUCAUUAUGACCUGCUGGAAUCCAGUUCACAGAGAAGAGUAGCAGAGGGACACAAGGCCAGUUUCUGUCUGGAGGACACGUCCUGUGACUACGGCUACUACCGACGAUACGCCUGCACCUCCCACACUCAGGGCCUGACUCCAGGGUGUUACGACACUUACAAUGCCGACAUCGACUGCCAGUGGAUAGAUAUUACUGAUGUGAAACCUGGAAACUACAUUCUCAAGGUUAGUAUAAAUCCCAGUUACCAGGUGCCAGAGUCGGACUACAGUAACAAUAAUGUGCGCUGUGAUGUACGUUACACCGGAAACUACGUUUAUGUUUCAGGAUGUCAUAUUUCACAUUAUUGAGAAUCUACUAAAGGAUCCUAAGGAAUAAGGAAAGAUCAUCAGAAAAGAAGUUUGAUGAUAAAAACCUGCGACAAAGUGAACAGAUGAAUGGACGCCGAUCAUGGGCCACUUUCCUGUUUGUGAGAGCCAAUAAUCAGCAGGGCAUUUUAAUGUUGACAAUGCCACAGAAUAUAGAAGCCUGAGGCAUAAGUCCAGUUUUACAGUGAAUUGCAUUAUUCAGUUUAUUUGUUGUUGUUUUUUGCUAUGAAAUUACUAAGCAAAAAAGAAAAAAGAAAAACAUAGAGUCCAGGAUCAUAUUGUGCUGGAUUCCUCCUAUAGAAAUUUAGAUAAAAUGGUGCUUAUACUGCCAGAAACCACCACAGUUUGCAGAGAUACCACACAUUCCCCAAAUCAUUCAGCAUCAUUCUCUCAGACUGAUAAAUGAUAAACAUUAAACCUUCAGAUAUUGAUCCACACUGGGGUUUUUACCUAAAACAUGCUUUAGUGUGCUAGAGCGAUGCUUUAGUUGUGUAUUCUAAGUAGAUAUUUAUAUACAGAUGCUCAUUACUGCAACAUGUUUUAUAUAUGAAAUGAAAAUUACUUGAAUAAAUAACUUCACACUCAGCCUCAUUAAA